GAUUUCUGUCCCUGAGUCAUGGCAGACAGAAGACCAGAGAAGUCAUGUGAACAAGCAUGUGAAUCUCUUAAGCAGCAGGAUUAUGAAGUGGCAGUGAAGCAUUGCACAGAGGCUCUCCUUUCCCUCAGCCAGUACCCCCCAGCUCACCUCCCGGAGGCAUGCCAGGCAGAAAUCGACCGCAUCAAAAUCGAGACUCUUCUGUAUAGAAUUGCUUCCUUUUUACAACUUAAAAAGUAUGGGCAAGCAGAUGAAGACUGUAGGCAUGUGCUGGGAGAGGGGCUGGCCAAGGGAGAUGGAUCUUUCCGUGCAGUGCUCUGCUGCAUGCAUCUUAAAGGGAAGCUGCAAAUUGUGUCUAAUGUUCUUUCCAAAUCACUGAUGGGUGAAUCACUGAACGGGAUGGUAACUAAAGAUCUGACACGACUGAAAACACUUCUUGCUGAAACAGAGGCAGCUGGUAAAGUACCAUCAGGAUAUCAUGUAGAAGAUUUAGAAGAAGGGUCCCGAGAUGGCUGGCAGUUCCGCCCUCCACCCAGGGGAGUCACAAGCAGUGAAGAAUAUACGUUAUGUAAAAGAUUUUUAGAGCAAGGGAUCUGCAGGUACGGUGCACAGUGUACUUCAGCACAUUCCCAGGAAGAGCUAACAGAAUGGCAAAAAAGAUAUGCUUCUCGCUUGAUCAGAUUAAAACAGCAGAAGGAAAACAAACAGUGUUCGGGCAGUUAUAUGGAAACCUUGAUUGAGAAAUGGAUGAAUUCGUUAUCUCCUGAGAAAGUGCUUAGUGAAUGUGUAGAAGGAGUGAGAGUUGAACAUAAUCCUGAGCUAUCGGUAACUGUCACCACCAAAAAGUCUCAUCAGACAUGGACAUUUGCUCUCACUUGUAAGCCUGCAAGAAUGCUGUAUCGAGUGGCAUUACUUUAUGAUGCCCAUCGUCCACAUUUCAGUAUCGUUGCAAUAUCUGCUGGAGACAGCAAUACCCAGGUAUCACAAGAAGUUCCAGAAAACUGUCAGGAGUGGAUAGGAGGAAAGAUGGUCCAGAACGGAAUAGAUCAUUAUAUAUACAAAGUCAGUAUAGCCUUUAACACAGAAAUCUUUGGAACUUUUCGCCAAACUGUUGUCUUUGACUUUGGAUUAGAACCGGUCCUCAUGCAACGAGUAAUGAUUGAUGCUGCUUCAACUGAAGAUCUUGAAUACCUGAUGCAUGCACGGCAACAGCUACUAACCACAGCUAAGCGCUGGGAUUCUACUUCUAAGACUAUUGUAGAAUUUGAGCCUAAUGAAACUACUGAAUUGGAGAAGAGCCUUCUUACUAGAUACCAAAUCCCUCUGUCUGCUGACCAGCUAUUUACACAAUCUGUCCUGGACAAAUCACUGACCAAGACCAACUAUCAGUCACGGCUACAUGACCUCCUUUAUAUUGAGGAAAUAGCACAGUAUAAGGAAGUUAGCAAGUUCAACAUAAAAGUGCAAUUGCAGAUUGUAGCAAGCUUCAUGCUCACUGGUGUUUCUGGAGGUGCAAAGUAUGCCCAAAAUGGACAACUUUUUGGCCGCUUUAAGCUCACUGAAACGCUUUCAGAAGACACUUUGGCUGGACGGCUGGUGAUGACCAAAGUCAAUGCUGUUUAUUUAUUGCCUGUCACUAAAGAGAAGUCAGCACAGACCCAAGGAACCAAAGAGAAGGUUUAUGAAGCAGCUAUUGAGGAGAAAACAAAGGAUUAUAUCUUCUUGAGGGUAUCCAGGGAAUGCUGCGAAGAACUUAAUCUUCGGGCAGAUUGUGAAAUGCAG